AUGUCGGCUGAUAGAAGAAAAGAAAAAAAAUUCAAAAGAGAUUUGACAAAUGUAACUCAUAUACACAAACAGAUUAACAAACCCGACACAAUCCUUACACAAUUUCAUAUAGAAGAAACUUACAAGCAUUCGGUACUUAGACUUGCUGGUUCCAAAACUAUUGUGACUGAUGAUCUGAAAGAUGAAUAUUUUAAGAAAAAAACUAUCAAUGCAAUGAUCUCUCUUUUGAAAGGUGCAGUCAAUAAAAUUAAUGGAACUCAUCAGCAACCUGGUUCUAAUUUACUAGCCAUGAUGGGUCAAGGACCUUUGGUGGGAAAAGCUCAUUUAGAUUGGAACAAGAAAUAUGGAGGAAUAAUAGUAUAUCAUGGAUUUUUAAAUGGACCAAUUGUACUUUUAACAGAUCCUAAAUAUUAUCCACAAAUAUUGACAAAUAAUGCUUAUGAAUUUAUUAAACCAUUGGAAUUUACUACAGAUUUAAGAAUCAUGGUAGGAGAUGGGAUUUUGUUUGCUGAAGAUUUGAAACCGCUUGUCAAUUUGCCUACUUUUCCGAUCCAAAUUAACAAAAAAGAAACUAUUGAAAAGCUCAAGGAAACAAUUAAAAAGAAUAAUGUGCCAGAUUUUGAUAAAUUCACAUCCAAAGAUCUCAAACUGUGGAAGAUUGAUUAA